GCGCAUGCGUUGUUCAGUUAGACUGGUGCCACCUCUUCGAAAUGGCGUCGUAAGGCGUCAUUGUGAUAGACAAGUCUAGUCCUACUGCGCAUGCGCAGGAACUGCGCGGGAACCUCCGAAUACCUCCUCGCUUUUCUGCGAUCCUGCUACCAGGAGCAGUCUCAAAACGCAAAACGUUAGAUGGCGUGGAUCGAAUUUUAAUUUUUACCGACCUGAACAUGUGACAAUUUCAGCAUAAUGUAAUAUUAAUAGUGAAACAGACAGUGUUGAAUACUUAUGAGUUAUAAUUUGAGAAUUUAAGUAUUCAAAGAUUACUUAGAAAUGAAAAGAAUUGGGAAUUUGCAAUUAAUAGUUGCAGAAAUAUGAACAUCUCAAAAUUUGAAAAUUUCGCAAUAUAGUUAAAUACGAAUCUGAGAAUCUCAACAUAGUUCAUGAAACUUCCCGACAAAAUGUUUUCGAAUUGCUACAAUUCGACUGCAAAAUUACGCGGUCCUAAAGGGUUAAAUUUCAUCGAAUCCAAGUUUCUGGUAAAAUUGGUGAUCGAAGAUACCUGGAAGAGGACAACAAAGCCGCCGGCGUGUCGAAGAGGGGGAUUACGGGAAAGAGAGAGGAGGUUCCUCAGUAAGUCGGCGACCAGAGAAAGAGAAGGAAGGCCAGCUUAAGGAUGGUGGUGAUCGGGUCUGGAUCCGCGACUGGCAGUUCACGGCUUGUAGUCUGGCCACAGUCAGUCAGUCAUUCAGUCAGUCGGUUGUAGUCCGGUGGUGUACGAGAUCGCUCCGUUGUCCGGAGCCGCGACAUGUUCCUUUCUCGUCCCGUUUCGCACGAUUUUCAACCGUAUUGUUAUUUAAUCUGUUGUCGAUACGGCUUUCUUACGCCUCCCCGUGAUCGAUCCUCCAUUUUUUUCUUUAAAUUUCGUGCACUUGGUUCCGCGUAAAAGUGAGCUCGAUCGAUGAAAGUGCAAGUGCUUGUAAGGUCAGUGUGUGCGUAAAGGACCUUCUCCUUUCUUCCGACACGGGGACCAGCGAUAAAGUGAGAGGAGGGCGCGACCUUGAGGAGGAUCUUGAGGACCUCCGCGAAGAGGUGACAGCCUCCAGAGACGUCGCGACGGAAACGCACGGAUGGUUAACGACGUGAUGAGCGAGUACGAACGAAUUAAGCGUUCGUGCUUGAAACGAGGGGAACUUUGGGAGGAUCCAGAAUUUCCGGCGACACAGACGUCUGUUUUCUACCAUCAGACACCUCCUUUUCAGUUCCAGUGGAAGAGACCGAAGGAAUUAUGCAAUCGUCCAAUAUUUGUGAGCGACACGCCAGCCCAGUUCGACGUGAUACCCGGGAAAAUGGGUGAUAAAUGGUUGGUAUCAUGUCUCGGAGUACUCCACCUGAGCAAAGGACUGUUCUACCGAGUGGUACCAGCUGAUCAAGGCUUCGGGAACACCGGCGAACCACCAGGAUCACCGACCGCAGAAUAUGCCGGGGUCUUCAGAUUCCGAUUAUGGUGGUGUGGUGCAUGGGUCGAAGUUCUGGUCGACGACAGGCUACCAACGAUUCAUGGACGACUGGCGUUUGUGCAGAGCCGUCACAGUGAUCAAUUCUGGCCUGCUCUUCUCGAGAAAGCGUACGCUAAGCUUCACGGUUCGUAUGAAGCUUUGAAGUAUGGAACUCUGCUGGACGGCUUGUCUGAUCUCACGGGUGGAAUCACUGAAAGUAUCGCGAUACGUCAGGAUCCUACUGCUUGCGGGAGAGUUCUCGCCAAACUGCUGGACAUGACUUCUCUCAUCACGUGUACAGUUAAUAAUAAUCAACAACAAAUUCGUGCCAGCACAGAGAAACUCGCGAAUGGAAUUCAAAUGGGCAUCAACUACAGGCUAUACGCAAUCGAGAGGGUAGAAACAUUCAAUGGAGAAGCAGUACAGUUGGUGAAGUUAAGAAAUCCUCUUGGACCUGGGAGAGAAUACGUCGGUGCUUGGGCGAGAGGUGGCCUCGAAUGGGAUGAAGUACCACCAAUGGAAAGAGAACGUUUAGCGGUCAGAAACAUGGCGGAAGGAGAAUUCUGGAUAUCCUACUCGGAUUUCGUGAAGACGUUCACUCACUUAGAAGUCGUACAUCUUGAUGCCGAAACAUCGAGAGACGAGCCAUCGUUGCAUAGUAAACAUACCUGGCAAAUGAAACUCUAUCAAGGUAGCUGGAGGAGGGGCGUGACCGCGGGAGGAUGUCGAAACAAUGAAGAAACCUUCCACAUUAAUCCGCAACUGCAUCUGAUACUGAGCGAAAUGGAAGAAGUGAUCGUCUCUUUGUACCAACAUUCCAUCAUGGAGAUCAAAGUGAUCGGUUUCACGGCGUACACGUUGCCGAAGAACAGCACCGAAUCGAUAAACAAGCAAUUUUUCAAAAAGAACAAGUCCCUGAUGAACUCGCAGUACACGAACAGCCGUCAGGUGAGCCACAGGUGUCAGUUAGAUCAGGGUGGUUAUUUGUUAGUACCGACCACCUUCGAGCCCACUCAAGAAACGAGUUUCACGUUGCGAGUCUACAGCAGUAAGCCUUUGAAACUUAAACUCCUCGAUACACCACCCUCCUUGGUAAAAUCCGCCAUCAUCAAAGCACCACCCCUGGAAGGCAAAGGCUUCUCGCAGUACGAGGCUGUUUUUUUGCAACUGGCUGACGAACACAGAACGGUCAACGCUUUUGAGUUACAAGAACUCCUAGAAGCCUGUUUACCUAAUGAUUACAUAAAAAGUUGCGCUUGUAUGGAAGUCUGUCGACAAGUGGUCCUCACGAUGGAUAGUUCGGGCAGCGGGCGAUUGAAGUUCAACGACUUCAAGGAUCUCAUGUGUAGUUUAAAGUAUUGGCAAGCGGCGUUCAAGAAUCAUACGAAAGAAAAGACUGGAAUACUUAAAGCAGAACGGUUACGAGAUGCAUUGUUAGAAGUUGGAUUCCAAUUAAACACGGACGUACUUUCGAUUUUGAUACUUCGAUACAUGAGGAAAGAUGGAACACUCAGAUUUGGCGAUUUUGUCUCAGCAAUAUUGCAUUUGAGCGAUGCAUUUGGUAUUUUUGAAAGUAAAGACCCUUUACAAAAUGGAACCAUAAAAUUAAGUUUAACCGAGUGGCUUAGAUCGUCUCUGAUGUGUUGAAUCCAUUGCUCAAUGGAACGUUGUGUACCUUGAAAUAAUUGUAAAUAAUGUUUUGUACGUCGUAUAUAGGUUUAAGUUUUAGCCAUAUUAAAAAUUAAUGAUCGAAUUCA